GCACACCAUCACCAAUAAUUAUAUUUGAUUAAAUUCAGAAUAAACUUAUAUAUUUUUCAACAUAUUUGAAAUGGAAAAUGAAGUGGUUCUACUUGAUUUUUGGCCAAGCUCUUUUGCAAUGCGAGUUAAAAUAGCCUUGGGUGAGAAAGGGAUCAAAUAUAAGUGCAAGCAAGAGGAUUUGUUUAACAAGAGCCCUCUACUGCUUGAAAUGAACCCAAUCCACAAAAAAAUCCCUGUUCUCAUUCAUAAUGGAAAACCCAUCUCUGAAUCCCUCAUCAUCCUCCAAUAUAUUGACCAAGUUUGGAAUCACAAAUCCCCUUUGCUUCCUUCUGAUCCUUACCAACGUUCACAAGCCUUGUUUUGGGCCGACUAUAUUGAUAAAAAGAUAUAUGGCAUUGGGAGGAGAGUAUGGAUGGGAAAAGAAGACCAAGAGGAAGCAAAGGAAGAGUUAAUGCAAUGCUUGAAGACCUUGGACAGAGAACUGGGCGACAAGCUCUAUUUUGGGGGACAAAACAUUGGGGUAGUGGAUGUUGCACUUGUACCUUUCACCACUUGGUUUUACAGUUACGAGACAUGUGGGAAUUUCAGCAUAGAGGCAGGGUGCCCCAAGCUUGUUGCAUGGGCCAAAAGAUGUAAAGAAAAUUAUCAGAGUGUGUCAGAGGCACUCCCUCAUCCACUCCAGAUUUAUGAGUAUGUGAUGGAGCUCAAGAAGAGACUUGGAUUGGUAUAAAUUAUUUGGGGUUCAAUCUGCAUGUUUUUCAUUUUUAGAGUAAGCUAUAUGUAUUUGUGGUUGUUGGUGCUAUUUAGAACAUAAUAUCAAGGCAAACAAAGCCUUAUUACACCAAAGAAUAAAAGAUAUAUAUAUCCUUAAUUAGGUUCAGUAAGCAAGGUUUUAGCCUUUGUUGUGUCUCCUUGUCCCAUUCCCACGCAUUCCUCUGUUAUUGUGGUUUUUGUUGCUAAUUAGGCAAAAAUUUAUUUAUUAUAAGAAUGUAGAUACCCACUUU